ACAAUGACCGGUCAUCCCAUCUCGUACACGUUUCUUUUGGCACUUAACGAGAUUGAAUCGCAACUUUUUCAACAAAUUCGAAUGUAUACAAAACUUUUCGAAAACAUCCGGGCCUCCAAGCGACCGGUUCAAGUCAAGGUUCGACUUUAAAUAUUAAUUGAAUUGCUCGUUUGAAUAUUUGAAGGAGACCUGCGCGCCCUUUUAGCCCCGAACCAACUCGAUCCCGAGUCCAGCAAUGGGGUAAUUUGUUCCUAAUUAUAUUUACCUUUAUCCGUUUCUUGGACCAGUUAGCCAGCAGCGAGGGACCAGGGUUCACUUUACGAACAAUAUCACCCCGGCGGCGGCAGGCAAGAGUAUAAAAACCCAGUUCGGUGUCAACGAAAUUUUCAAUCCCGUCCGCGCUGCUAUUCCGAAGUUUGACCGUGAUGACCGGAAAAAUUCGUUGGUUUUUGCUCGUUAGUUGCUGGUGCUGCUUCAUUAGCGUGCAAAGUGAUGCAGAAGUUCCCGCCGUUGUACUGGAUAUCCUGAGUACAAUAAAAUAUCCUCUGAAAGUGACGCUAAUGACCUGCUGGGAUUAUGGGGAAAAAGUCAAAUAUUUAAAUGUUCUUAACGACCGAUACUUGACUUCUUUCUCCGACGAUCACAUCGACCAAUUUGUGGAGGACAUAAACGACCAUCAAACGUUUUUGAUUGUGGACAUCAACUGUCCGAAUACCAAGCAUCUGCUCAAAGCAGCUGACAAGCUACUUUACAUAAAAUAUCGAUGGCUUAUAUUGAAUACGGGAUUGUCAGAAGCGAACAAACAAAGUGAAGAAAAUCAAUCACAGUUCUUUCUAAAUAAACUGGGCGACCUGCCAUUACUUAUAAGCAGUGAAAUUUUCCUCCUCAUCAAGCAACGGCAAGGCUUAUAUCGAAUCGAACAAGUUUUCAAAAAAUCGAAAGACGCACCACUAACUGCGGAACCGUUCGGAACAUGGAGCAACGGAAGCAUGAUAGACGACCGGAACUUUAAAGUUACUUCGAUUCGUAGACUGAAUCUCAACGGCCAUACAUUGAAGGCAUCGUUGGUGGUAACCAACCCGGACACGUUGCAUCAUUUGACGGAUUAUAAAGACAAACACAUCGACACCAUAAGCAAGGUAAACUACAUCCUCACCAACUGCCUCGUACAAUACUACCUGGGCGCUCGGGUUAACUACUCGAUUGUAUCGACCUGGGGCUAUUUCAACACCACCACCAAACGCUGGGAUGGCAUGAUAGGAGAACUAUCGCACAACGUAGUGGACCUUGGCGCAUCACCGCUGUUCUUCACAACCGAUCGAAUUGCCGUCAUCGAAUACGUGGCCAUGACUUCGGCCACCCGUUCCAAGUUCAUCUUCCGCUCGCCGAAGCUGUCCUACACGGAGAAUGUGUUCCUGCUGCCGUUUGAUGACUUUGUCUGGAUAUGUACAGUCAUCGUGAUCUUUUUAGCAUCGUGUCUGCUAGUGGUCACUGCUCGAGCCGAAUGGAAGGUGCCGCUCACGGUUGAUGAUCCCAGAGACGGCACUAUACUUCGCGCCAGUUUUCGUGAUACGUUGUUGAUGAUCUACGGUGCCACGUGCCAACAGGGAUCUUCCACGUUGCCACGCAGUUUCGCAGCCCGAACGAUCACCAUGAUCACCUUCACCGUUCUGAUGUUUCUCUACGUGUGCUACUCGGCCAACAUUGUGGCUCUUUUGCAGAGUCCGUCGACCAAAAUUCGCACCUUGGAAGACCUUUUGGCAUCCAGAUUGAAGUUUGGAGCUCACGAUACGGUGUUCAAUCGAUAUUACUUCACCCACGCUACGGAACCAACGCGGCAGGCCAUCUACGAGAGGAAGAUCAAACAGCAGGACGGUUCAGCGAACUUCAUCAACUUGGAACAGGGCAUUGAUAAAAUUCGAAGAGGGCUGUACGCAUUUCACGUAGAGCAAGGUGUCGGAUACAAGGUCAUCAGCGAAACCUACCAGGAGGAUGAAAAAUGUGGCAUUCAAGAGAUACAAUAUCUGCAAGUCAUCGAUCCGUACUAUGCCAUCCAAAAGAACUCCUCGUUCAAAGAACAUGUUAAAAUUGGUCUGUUCCGGCUCAAUGAACACGGCAUCCAACAUCGGGAGAACUCCAACCUGUACACCAAAAAGCCAAAGUGCACCGGCGGUGGAGGAAAGUUCGUCCCGGUCAGUCUGGUGGAUACUGAACCGGCGAUUCUGGUUAUCGUUUGGGGAACCGGACUGGCUGCAGCGAUUUUCAUCAGCGAGCUGGCUUGGACGAAAGGCGUGCGAAAGUACCAGGACUGGAAAGGGUCCCACGUUGUGAAAAUGGUGUACACCGACUACUAACAACAUGGAUUGACUUGUUACCUCUACCUACUCUGGCGUUGUGUGUCAUGUCGUGUGCCAUGUCCUGCACACGUAGAAAACUCAUCGUUUCACAGUUUCUGCUAAUUCAGAUUGUUCGCUCUAUGACCUAUAAACUACAGUAGUGCUCAAAAGUCCAGCAUCGUAUACUGUUUCACCAAGUUGUUUACUGUUUUUACUGAACAUUGAUAGAAUAUUGAGCUCAACUAAAUCAUAACUAAAGAAAUAUUUUAACUAAUUGCAAGGUUCCUGAGCACCGAAAGGUUUUAACCAAAAUUAUAAUUUUCACCAGUGUUACAAAUAAUCGGUAUUUUUUUUUUUCCUUUCACUUUCGUAACCGUGGAGUAAAAAUGAGAACGAGUAUUAAAAAUCUCCACUGUUUAGCGUACAUGUACUAUGCUGCACUCCACACAUUUAUUAGUUUGUAACGAAAGGGAGCGUGAGCGUAUAUGGCGCAAAGGGACCACGGCAGCACGCACGUAAAACUAGGGCAGUGCUGUGCGAUGAGGGCAAAGUUUGUGUAGUAAAGUCAAACAAUGAGGAAAUGAAAGCACCCACCAUGACCAUGCGGCCACUAGCUGGGACUGGAGUUAUUCCUGCUACAUAUGGGCGAGCAAGUUUUUACCUCUGCCGAGUGGUUGCGAAAACAAAACAGCUUGGCAAAGCCAACAGUCAGUCCCCCGACUAACGACCGACCGGGUUCGACUAGCACCCCAGAAGUCGGAAAGGGUAACCAAGGGAUGUAGUAAUAUCACAUUUCAUUUUUACUUUAACCUGGUGGCAACAAUGUUGGGCGUGCUGCAACCGGCAAUAUACAUACAUAGGUACUGACUGGCAUAUUGUGUUUGUACAUUGAGGCACCUGUGGAUUCUCUCGCAUUGCAAUAAGUCAGCUGUUCUUUGGAGGAGUGUAUUCAGUUGAAGGACUGGGGUACAUUACGUUUAAUACAAGUAUCAAAUAUGAUUUCAAUUUUUCUCUGCCGCUUCCAAACCUUUGGGAAAACGCCCUCGUCCAGGUAAUUCUGCAUAGCAAACCUGAACAUCCCGGGAGCCUCUGCAAUAGCUACUUUUCAGGCCAAGUUCGGAUCUCCGUCAGUAUCUGUGGCUUGACCGACACCAAGGGAACCUGUUAUCCCCGCAAGUUUGCCAUUGCUGACCCUCUCCUAAUUGCCAGCCCCAGUUCCCAACUGUUCUACGAACAAGGAGCCAAGGACUAGAAUCAUGACGCGGAAAAAGUCCCAUGAUGAUCCCCUUUAAUAUCUCUGGAGGCUGCUCUGUACAAGCCAUUACACCUCUUGUCUUGAUCAUCACGAUCCUGAAGGCAUCACUUCAUCACUCCAUGGAUUCGCAUUGGCACUCUGCCAGAUACCUGCAAAGCAGGUCUUUUUGCUUGUCCUUAUCUCGAUCUUCAGCACGACUUUAGCAGCAGCGAACACCACCCGCUGUUCGUUUCGCUCUUCUUCGUGCUCGCUGUAUCCGCUGCCUAGUCCGUAGUCAAGCACGGCGCAGAUCCACCCGCAAUCGGUUGAGUCCACCAGUAAGCCGGCGGUCUCCCAUUUCUAGAGUGGACUUGCCUAGCGAGAGCCGAGUAGGUUUCGCUCACGGUGGAGCGCCCCCUAAAUACCUCGUCGUCGAUCUGCGAGGGCUUGAUCUUGGCCUAGCCGCAUCUUCCGCUACCCGCUGCCUGCUGUUGUUGUAGUCAAUACGGUAGCCAACCGCCAGGUGAUAACUGUGGGUCUAUCCUCCAGUUCAAACUACUUGUUAGGCCAGGACUGCAAAAGGUAACGUUAACAAUCGACUCCGCUCCAUUCCGACUAAAGGUACUCUUGGUACCGAUAGUAGCCAGAUCGACAUCUAGCAUUCCCAGUUUAUCUAGCAGGAUCUGACCCGUAAAACGGCUUCCCCAUUCCACGGCUCAGGCAUUGAAAUCACCUGCUAUUACAACCAUCCUUCGCCCAGUCAG